GAUCAACAUGUCGACGAACCGUGCUUCGACCGCAAAUGGCGCGCAGCCUGCGCCGGAAAAGACAUACUUCGAACAGCAGCGCGAAAUGCUGGUGGGCGAAAUCGCUCAGAGUCUCGAACUGGUCCUUCAAAACAUCAACAAGCUGAAUCGCUCCCUCGAAGAGAUCACUCAAGUCGGCACCGAGUUUGCACCCGUCGAAUCGCUGUGGAGCCACUUUGAGAAUGUCAUGGCCAAGAAUCCGAAUGAGGGCGAGGAGGGCGCACCGGAGGGGCAAACAGAGCACGAAGGGGCUACUGAAGUGACAGAGCAUGAGAAGUGAGCAGAUAUCAUGCUGAAUCGGUGAAAAAGUCGUUGUCAAUCGGUCGCUGCCAGUCCAGAUGUGGACAUCGAGAAGGCUGCCAAAGUCGUGACGGUCAAGGUCUUGCCGCAAACGAUCCGGCCAUGUUGAAGAUGUCAGUCGAGCCGUGGGGGAAGUCAAGGAAGCAGGAGUAGAGCUGGUUCGAGGAUCAGGAAGAAUACCGGACCAGGAGACUCGACAGGAGAGGCAGGGUUGGCUGACGAAGCUGCACGACACAUCUGGCGCGGAGGCGAGGGUUGAUUGGUGAAGUCCUGUGGAUACAUGUGAAGAAGGAUGUAUUCUGUGGACAGGUCUAGAUUUAUUCGAAUGGAUAGCAUGUACGUUGACAGGUCACUGCGCAGGCAGGGUACUGAAGUCUGUGAAGAUGUUUAGAAUUUAUUCCUAUGCGUGGCGGUACGCGCUCGCCCAACUAAAUACCGAAU